AAAUAUGAUAUUAAGGCGUUUGAUGAGUACAAGUGCAGUACACAACAGUCUAUUUUCCAAUCCUAAAUUCGAGACCUCGAAUCUUGGACGGUACUUGAAAGUACUUUGUGCGUUUUUUACGAAUAAUUUCGCUUAACGAUCACUGGACAUCACUUGUUUUCAGUCGAAUUAUCAUCAAAGGUAAGCAUAUAAUCCAAUACUGUAAUCAUGGGAGCUGCCGCUUUACCAAUUUUAAUUUUCACUGGUUUCUGGGGUGUGGUCGGCAUUGUGUUACCAUUCCUCCUUCCCAAAGGACCAGAUCGAGGCGUUCAACAACUUGUGUUGAUGAUGACAGCAGCAACUUGUUAUUUGUUUUGGUUGUGUUGUUAUAUGGCUCAAAUGAAUCCACUUGUUGGGCCAAAGUUGAAUCAACAUACUAUUCUAAUAAUGGCUCGUGAAUGGGGAAACUUAAUACAGUAAUAUGAAUAUUGAUAAGAAAAAAAAAAGAAAAAUUAAUCAUAAGUUAUUUGUUAAUAUUUAAUCAUUCCUUUUUUUUAGUUCUUUUUAAAUUUUGAAUUUUCCAUUAUUUAUCUGUUAUACAUUUUUAGAUUUCGAUAAAAUUCUGAAGAACAAGGAUCAUUAUAAACUGUUUUAGUUAUUUAUGUAUGUAUAAAAUAUAAUUUUAAAACUUAUCAAAA